AAAUGCCCCUCAAGAAACAACGAGGGCGAAAACGGAAGGAGAUUUUUUCUACUGAAUCUAGUGAGGUUUUGGCCACCCCAGAUGAACUGGAAGUUGAAUCAAUAUUGGACAAGAAAUUCGUCAACGGGGAGGCUCGAUACCUCCUGAGGUGGAAAGGAUACGACUCUUCUGAAGAUACAUGGGAACCUGUUGAACACCUGGGGUGUCCUGCCCUAUUAGAAGAGUUUAACCGUAACUGGGAAAAACAGCAAGCAGGGAAAAGCCCUGAAGACGACUUGACGAUGAGUACAAAUGAGAUUCAAACUGAUAAGCCGAAGGUAAAGAGACCAAGAAAACACAAGUACCAAGAGCUGCAGCAUGAUAAAAAUGCAGGCAGCGAUGACGAUGAUUUUCCGACCCAAGUACCAGUCUCAAAGCAAUCAAUGGACGGCUGUGUAACUGAAGAGCCUAUUUCAAAUUCCGUGUUUAGUAACGAGAGUGCAGCAGUUUCAACAAACAAGCCGAAUCAAGUUCCCGAGAAAGUUGUGAAAACGGAGCCGAAGAUCUUCUUGGAUUCGGACGAUACUGCUUCUGAACCGUGUUCGUCUCAAAGAGACGUACAAGAGGUAAAUGUAGACCAAACGAGAAAAGAACCGAUAGGAUUUGCACGGGGAUGCGAACCUGAUUGUAUAUUGGGGGCAACAGAAGCAGGAGGAAGUCUGAAGUUCCUAAUGAAGUGGAAGAACUGCAGCAAAGUAGACCUGGUCUCAUCUGAAGAAGCAAAUGAGAAGUGUCCAAAGACUGUCAUAGCGUUUUAUGUCAAGCAUCUAACCUGGAAAUCAGGUCCCAAUCCUAAUUGAACUUGAACUCAGAAACUUUCAUCCUUUUCUAAUUUUAAUGAAAAACGUAUUAAAUUUUUAUUUGUACGGCAAUAGAUUAAAAACUUUGUUCUAAAAGGGUUCUUCUGAUACUUCGCUUAUACUUUUUGUUUUUAGAUUUUAUCGAUCUUCAUAUCUCUUUAAAGCAAAUAUGUUCAUUAGUGUUAUAAAUUACUUAUUCUGAUCAUUCGUUUUAUGAAUGAUCAACUUCAAAUCAGUAUAAAGUUUACUGCUCUGUGCAUCUGUUUUUAAUUUAAUUACAUUGGAAAACUGCUAUUUCAAGAUGGCACUUCUUAAUCGAUUAUGUGAAUUUUUUUCUUUAAGAUUAUUGUCCAAUAUUGUAU